CUAAAUCAAUAUGGUGUGUGGAAGGGGAGAGGAUCACCUCUAGUUUAGAAAUAUGUAGUUUUCUCCAAUUUUAAAAUGGAUGAGUGACACGUGGAAAUAAAAUGAUCUAACGGCCGGAAAAUAAGCAAUUUGUUUUUUAAAAAAUAGAAGCAAAGCAAACCUUUAGGCUACAUUCAUCAGAAUCGGAGCAGGAAAAAGGCAGUGACUUGUCGGAUUAGGAGCCAUAGUCAACGGCGACGGCGUGUGGAUUAACGAUCAAAGUGCAUACCGCGCUUGGAGGCGUGUGAUGCCGACGAUGGAGGUCGAAGUCUUGGGUUUUGCAUAUCGGAGGCCAAUGAAGAGAUCUAAGGCAUUGGUUUCUCAAAUCAUCACCAGUCGACGGUGAAUCUUAGGAGGCGCGUGUAGUGCGUGGAUCAACAGCCAAAACUUUUAUGACGUGCGUGGCGGCGUGUGAGGUCGAAGAUGGAGACCGGAUUUUUGGGUUUUGCAUAUCGGAGUCCAAUGAAGAAAUUUGUGGCAUUGGUUUUGUGAAGGGACUAAAGAAAACUCACAAGUCUAGAGGGAGGCUUGGAUUGCACGAUGGCGCAAAUCUGUGGCUUUUAAUGGUGGCAAGGGAUUUGUGAGGCCUUGUCUAGGUGGUGAAGGCAAUGGUGGUCUUGGGUUGAACGGUGGAUGUGGUGAAGGUAGGGGUAGUCCAGAGAUGGUAAAGGGAAAGGUAAGUGAGAAAUGAUAAAUUGUUGGGUUUUUUUUCUAUCCGUUAUAUCACUUUAUUUCCAUUUGUCCCUCAUCCAUUUUAAAAUGGGAGGAAACUGCAGAUUUCUAAACUGAUGGUGAUCCUCUCCCCUGUGGAGGCUUGUCCUUGUGCAACACUAUAACGCCCCAGUAAUUAAGUGUGAUUUGGAAGAAGCUUUAGGGGCUAAUGGGUAAUUUACUCACAAGAUGUUUUUUUGGCAAAUUGAUAAUUAAGAUUUUUAACUUAAGUCACUCCCCCCCCCCCCCCUUUUUUCUUCCUCAUUUUCACGUUCGUAUCUCUCUCUCCCUCUCUCGUUUUUAUUGUGAUGCCAACCUAUCCCUUCCUUUCUUCUAAAUCUCUCUCCCUUUUCAUCUCUCAUGAACAGCCACCACUAGAUCAUCCCUUUAGCCACCAUGUACUCUCCAUUAUUUGUGCCCUUUCCCAACAAGAAUCUAAGGUUCCAAGGUACUUGGUGAUGGACCUAGUAACUUGAUUGGUUGAAUGCAAUGCCCAGUUAAGGUAAAUUUGGACUUCCAAGGGCCAAAAGAUACGGAUGGCAAGAUACGCGUUCACAAAGGCUAUGGGAGAAAUGAUGAUCGACAAAUUGAGAGGAGAAAUAUAUACCGGUUGACAUUAUUCGACCUAGUGUUAUUGAGAGCACUUGCAAAGAGCCCUUCCCUGGAUGGAUAGAAGGAAAUAGAGCCAUUCCUCUGAUUUUCUGGUUCCUGUGGACAUCUCCGGCGUUCUUCCGCUGCCCUCGCCUUCAUCCAGUAGCCAUUGUCAGAAGCGAGUCACCGCCGUCACGCCCACAGUCCCAGCAACUCUCGGAUCUCAUUGUUCUGCUCAUCCAACUGUCAAAGCAAAGGCAUUGAGUGACAGAACAGACAAUCCCGAGCAAAACCCAACCAAGAACGGCCAGAAACCACUUCAUACGCACCUCCACGCGCCGUCUGAAGUUUCUGCCUCACGAACACGCGCUCCACGCGCUGCCACGUGCCGUCACGCGCCAUCACUCUCACUCACGCGCCCCACGCGCCAGACCGGACAUCCUCCACGCGUCACACGCGCUCACACGCGCCAGCUUCGUUCAUGAACUGCCACAUCAGCCCUAGUGUGACGUCACACUGCCACGUCAGCACACGUCAUCCGUUGCCUUGACCAGACCAGACCGUUGACCAUUGACUUUGAUUUGACCGUUGACCAAGUCAAAAUUUUUCAACAGGACCCAUCUUGCUCAGUUUUUCGCGUAGAUUCUGAUUUUGGGCUCCGUUUAUGCAUUUGAGGUAUCUAAAUCUCACUUUUUGGUCAUUUUCUUCAUUAUGGCUCAACAAAGUGAACGAGAUAUCAUACGUCCUAUCACCGUCAUGUUGGAUGGUCCUACUAGCUAUCAUUCAUGGUCUCAGAAUAUGAUUGUCUUUCUCAAGGGUCGUAAACUGUGGAGAUAUGUGACUGGUUCAAUUCCUAAGCCAGUACCAGACCCUAAGUCCAAAGCCACAGCUGCUGAAGAGUCUUCCAAGACUGUUGUUACAACAGAUGAUUAUGAAGAAUGUCUAGAGGAAUGGGAGAGUAUUCAGAGUAAGAUCUUAUCUUGGUUUAUCAAUACCUCUAUUCCCUCCAUUCAUAAUCUUCUUCCUCGUCUUGAAACUGCUGAGGCUGCUUGGAAAUUUUUGGCCGAUCGUUAUAACUGCACUAAUGAUUCAAGCUUGGAGUUUCACAUUGAAUUAAAACUUUAUCAAAUGCGCCAAGAGACAGGUCAGUUUAUUUCUGAUUUUUAUUCUCAGACUUCUACUAUGUGGGAACAACUCUCUGCUACAGAUCCUCCACUAGUGUGUUCUAAGGACAUUGAGCUCUUUGUCAAAUAUCGGGAUCGCCGUAGAUUUAUGCACUUCAUGAUGGGUUUACGUGAGGAUUUUGAGCCUACUAGGGCUUCUCUACUUAGCCGGUCUCCUACUCCUUCUCUUGAUGCUGCAGUAAAUGAGCUCAUUUCUGAGGAGAAUUGUCGGCCUACUUAUCACAUGACACCAUCUGAUCAUGUAUUGGCUACACCCUCACCACAGCCUCCCAUUGUUGCAUUCACUGCUCCUCCACGAAUAAACUCCGGGCGUCCCACCUCUCAGUCUUCCAAAGGUACUCACUGCAAGUUUUGUCGUGCCAAAGGCCAUGACAUCUCUGUUUGUCGUAAACUACAAAAAUUUGUGUAAGAGCAGAAUAAAGCUUCUCUUCCUCAAGCAGCUACUGUAUGUCCUUCAGAUCCAUCGGUUCCUACAGGUCCAUCUUUGGCUUCCUCACUUACUACGGCUGAUAUUGAGGCAGUUGUUCAACAGGUUUUAUCCCGCACUUCCACUGCCCUUUCUGUCACCUUAGGUAAACAACCUUGGUUUUUUGAUACUGCAUGUUGUAACCAUAUGACUCCUGAUGAAUCCCAAUUUUCUGAUAAGGCACCCUUAGAACAUCCAAUCACCAUUUACACUGCUGAUGGAACUCCUAUGCCUGUUAGUCAUAAAGGAACAAUCUCUUCUCCUUGUUUAUCCCUUAGUGACACUUUUCAUAUUCCAAAGUUAUCCCUCAAUUUGCUUUCUGUUGGUCAACUUUGUGAAUUAGGCGUAGAUCUUCUAUUUACUAAUCAUGGUGUGGAUGUGCAGGAUCCCCGGACGGGUCAAGUGCUUGGGACAGGCCGUAAGGUUGGUCGCAUGUUUGAGGCUCAUGACUUGAAGAUUCCUUCACAAGUUGUUUCUGCAGUUGCUACCACUGCCACCUCCUUACCUGAUCUAUGGCAUGCUCGUCUUGGUCAUCCAUCCUUAUCUCGUCUUCAAUUAUUAGCUUCUCAAGGUCAUUUAGGUUCAGUUUAGUUUCAAAAAUUUGAUUGUACUUCCUAUCAUUUUGGCAAACAAACAAAAUUGCCCUUUAAUAAAAGUGACUCCUUUUCUUCUA